UGCGCCGUUGUCGCUGUUUUGACAAACAGAAGGGAUGCGAUGUUAUGUGAUGUAAAUGGAGGACAGGACAACGUGAUUUGACGAAAAGCAUGCUGGGCUAUGUUUGUGUCGCUUUUUUAGCACUGGCAGUGUUGCUCAUCCCACGCGAGUGGUCCUUUACGUUUGGAAGUGAGUCAGAGCGGGGGGCCCCCUCGCGGCUCCUGAGCCGGCGUGAACUGUCACUGUACGACGGGGAGGAAGGCAGCAGGGGCCUUUACCUUGCUAUACUGGGACACGUUUUUGAUGUGCUCAAGGGACACAAGCACUACGGACCUGGUGGGGCUUAUCACUUUAUGACAGGCAAAGAUGCCUCUCUGGCCUUCAUCACUGGGGACUUCACAGAACAGGGCCAGACAGAUGACGUGUCCAGUCUGUCGCCACUGCAGGUAUUGGCCCUUUACGACUGGCUGGCCUUCUAUCAGAGGGACUACCAAAGUGUAGGGCUCUUAAUAGGACGGUUCUAUAGCGAGACCGGGCAGCCCACAAAGGCCCUGAUGCAGGCAGAGGCGUCACUAGCAGAGGGCCGGCGAAUCAAGACCCAGUCUGAGGCCGAGAGGGUGCGCUUCCCAGCCUGCAACUCAGAGUGGAGCGCUGCCAGAGGAGGAAGAGUCUGGUGCUCCACUAAGAGUGGUGGAGUGGAAAGAGCCUGGACGGGUGUCCCACGGAAGUUCUUCUCUCCAGGCUCCAGUGGUGUCCGUUGUGUCUGUGUUCAAGCCCCAUCUGCAGCAGAGGAAGAACCCAACCUGCAGAAAUAUGACGGUUGCCCCCCACAUGCUGAAUCAUGCCCCGUCGAGGAGUUCUAAUAUCAGGACCAGUGGCAGCUGGUGGAAUUUUCUUUUGGUAGGGCCAUCCGAUCAAUUUAAGCCAACAUCCCAGUUUGAUUCAAUGCAAAACAAGUAUCAAACACGCAUUUCUACUAAAUUCAGUAUGUGUAUAUAUAAAUAUCCGCAGUUGGGACAUGCAGACAGGUGGAGAGGAUGUGCGACAGGAACAGGUUAGAUGUUUGUUUGCAGAAGGCGGCGAGGGAUGAGGCGAUGGUGGCCUUGUUGGACAAGGCCAACUGCCUCGCGUAAGGGAUUUUUUUUGCAACAGGCGUUGAGGUAUGAGGGGUUCCUCGUACCUCGCUUGAGAGACUGCCCAGACGUCCCUACUCUUUAUUGAAUAAUAAAAAUCUACUUGAUCUUUCAA